AUUAUAAUAUUUGUGAAAGUUGUUUUCAUUUUUGCAGGUUGAAGUGGACAAGAUUUGUGAUAACGAUGCAAGUUUAAACUUCCACAAAAAGAUGGACUUGAGAUCUUUAUUUGAAAGUCACCUGGAGAAGCAGGAGAAGAAAAAGAUGAAACACAAGGAUGGAUCUCUCAAAAAUGAUAUAGCAACUAAGGAUGAAAAUACAGAUAAGUUGUUUGAGAAAUAUUAUUGUGAGUGGAAGGGAAUUAAUAAAGAGUCAACAGCUAGUAGAAGUAAAAAUACUACUUACUCAAUCAUUCCCAAAUUUUAUCAUAAACUUCCUCCCGAAGAUGAUCAGCUGCUUCAGAAGUUACGUGAGGAGUCGCGUGCUGUGUUUCUGCAGAGGAGAAGUAGAGAACUGUUAGAUAAUGAUGAACUGAAGAACCUGUGGAUGCUCCUUGACAAGCAUCAGUCUCCCACAGAUCUUGGAGGUGAAGAACAAAUGAUCAAUUAUGAUGACUUUUUGAAGGUAGCACAACAAGCUGGACCAAAAUGUAAACAAUACUUCCAGCCAUCCACAUUCUGCAAGUUGUUGCAGAAUGAUCCUUUUGGUCGCAUCUCCAUCAUGAACUUCUUCAACUAUGUGAUGAGGAAGGUGUGGCUCCACCAGACCAGGAUCGGACUCUCGCUUUAUGAUGUCACAGGUCAAGGUUAUUUAAGGGAGUCGGACUUGGAGAACUACAUCCUGGAGUUAAUACCAACGUUGCCUCAAUUAGACGGCCUCGACAAGUCCUUCCACUCAUUCUAUGUGUGCACGGCUGUCAGAAAGUUCUUCUUCUUCCUUGACCCGAUGCGCAGUGGUCAGAUCAAGAUACAAGAUAUUUUGGCAUGCAGCUUCCUCGAUGACCUGUUAGAGCUUCGUGACGAGGAGUUACCCAAAGAUCAACAACAGAACAACUGGUUUUCUGCCCCAUCUGCACUUAGAGUGUAUGGCGUGUACUUAAACCUGGAUAAAGACCACAAUGGAAUGCUGUCCAAAGAAGAACUUUCACGCUACGGUAUGGGCACCUUGACUCCUGUCUUCAUAGAUCGAGUCUUCCAAGAGUGUCUGACGUACGAUGGUGAGAUGGACUAUAAAACUUACCUCGACUUUGUCCUGGCUCUGGAGAACCAAAAAGAACCACAAGCUUUACACUAUUUCUUCAAAAUCCUUGAUAUUGAUAACAAAGGACACUUAAAUGUGUUCACACUCAACUACUUCUUCAGGUCCAUCCAGGAGCAGAUGCGUCAACACAACCAAGAACCUGUCAACUUCGAGGAUGUAAAGGAUGAAAUAUUCGACAUGGUGAAACCUGCUGAUCCUUGCAUGAUAACUCUACAUGAUCUCAUAAAUUGUGGUCAGGCUGAUGUGGUUAGUAGUAUCCUCAUUGACCUUAAUGGAUUUUGGACAUAUGAGAAUAGAGAAGUUCUUGUGGCAGACAGUAAUGAAGAACCUGCUCAAGUAUGACUCCAUUGCCAACAUAUAAAUUUGUACAGAUAUUGUAUCUUUUCAUUUUUUAUUAUAUUGUAAGUUGAAAUUUGAAAAAAAAAGUACAGUUUGAUAUUUUGUGGAUAAUUUUUCUUAAACUCAAAAAUUUAUUCAAUUAUAAUCUUCAGCUUAUAAAUAAAGAUGAAAGUUA